AAGUAAUUACCUUGCAUGUUGGUAAGGGUGCAUCCCUACGAGAGCUACUCAACCUAUAGGGAUAUCCCACACCUUUACGCCUGCUCUAUGCUAUUUCACUCCAAAACCAGAUCUCAAAGAUAACGUAUAUUAUGGCCACCGCAAUCUUAGGUCGGCGGGCCCUGGCCCAAAGGUGUGUUCCUCUGGCAUUGGGAGCCUCGCUCGGCAUUGGCCACUUCGCAUACCGGAGUAAGACGCAGCCCUACAGAUUGGAUGCGCUUUCCAGCAGGUCGGCUUCAACUUGGUCCCCAACGACUGGUGGAGUACUUGAAAUCGAAGAAGAGGACGGCUUCAUCGAUUCGGAUGUCCUACGGCAGGUGUCCGGCGGCAGUGUGACAGGUUUCUUAUCCGGGUUAUUUGUCAGUGUUUUCUCGCGCACCCUCGUCUUGCUCAUGGGCCUGACAAUAGUCGCCUUCUCAGUUGCGGCAAAGUAUGGAAUAGACUUGGUGCAUCAGUUGCGCCUCAAGGAAAGGGCACAGUCAUCACGGGUUUUGUCCGCCCUUCGCAGCAACACCCCUUUCAAGCUGUCGUUUGGUGUUACAUUUGCUUUAUCUGCAUUUGCGCACUUUUGAUGCUCCUAAUGCAGCUUAUUUGCAACUAGCAACAUAAUUAUGGUAUCAUAGAGAAUCCAGGAACUUCACCGGCUACUCAAUAGGGCUGUGUUUCGCGCUCAAGCCAUGCCAUGGUCAAAUUGUCAUCCUUGAAGAAACCGCUCGUCUUGUCGAGAAUGAGCUUGUUGUAGUCGUUCAGCCAUUGCUUCUCACGUGGUGUUAAGAGGCUC